AUGCCGCGCUGCUUGAUGGCGAAAAAAUGGAAGGCCUAUCCGUGGCCCGAUAGGCAGGAUGACGAGGACACUACCAAUGUUGAUGCCAAGGACACCAUCGAGAUAACGAACACAGGGAGCGACAUGAUUGACACCGUCCACGAUAGAAGACGAAUGAUCGUUGAUACCGAGGAGGAGGAGAUUGACGUUGUUGGUGAUAGCACGAGUGAUGGCAACAGGGCGAAUCAGCAGACAUGCUGGGGUCCACACAGCCCCACUGCCGGCACCACCGCGCCUAGUCCACCACCGCUCAAUGCCUCAGGGGCACUGUACUAUCACGGUUACGCCCACGAGUCGUGGUUGAAUCACGAGGAGCCCCCGAAGUACGCAACGCUGCGCUCAGCAGCCGAACUAGCGAGACCAGUGUCCGAAUCCCCCCCACCUCAGCACGAUCACCACCCGAACAUAGUCCCCCUGACCUCCCCGUCCCCCCCGCAACCCACAACGAACCUGCCACGCAACAAGAGCCUCUCCAUGUGCUUCACAAGUACCGGCACAGCGCUCUCCCUGCCCCCAAAGAAGAAGGACAUCUACCGGCCGUACAGCCUGCAGCCGUGCACCGAGAUAAUCCGCAGCUCCCCGGAGGAGGAGUUAUCAGCAGCGCAGGCAAUCCUGGACUUGAGUGCCUCCCCAGCAGCCCCAACGCACUCCGUCUUCAUCCACACCCUCUCACUGCCACCGCCACCAGCACCAGCUGCUCAGCCAGCCGUACCAACAACCCCCCAACCAGUCCAGCAAUCGCCAAUACCAGUCUCAGUCCUGGUGCCAGUACCAACCCACAAUGCUCAACGCCAGGUGAGCACACCUGAGCCCCGAGCCCUGGAGGAGACAUCCGCCGACGAUCCCACCAACUCCAACGGUGCCAGCAACAAAACCGUCGCCUACACCUACGAGGCCUUCUUCGUAUCCGACGGUAGAUCAAAGCGACGCUCAAGCACAGCAGCCGCUGUACCCGAGAAAGAAGCUGCCCAACCAGACCGGCCAAAGUUCACCUGCACCGAGUGCGGCAAACAAUACGCAACAUCAUCAAACCUAUCGAGACACAAGCAGACACACAGAAGUCUAGACUCGCAGUCAGCCAAAAAGUGUAUUCACUGUGGUAAAGCAUACGUGAGUAUGCCAGCCCUGGCGAUGCACGUAUUGACCCACAAAUUGGCCCACAGCUGUGGUGUUUGUGGUAAAAUGUUCUCACGUCCAUGGCUACUGCAGGGCCAUUUGCGCAGUCAUACGGGUGAAAAACCCUACGGCUGUGCGCACUGUGGCAAAGCAUUUGCCGAUCGCUCUAAUCUUCGGGCACACAUGCAGACACACUCCGCCGACAAGAACUACGAGUGCUCAAGGUGUCACAAAACAUUUGCCCUCAAGUCGUACCUGAACAAACACCUUGAGUCGGCGUGUCUCAGGGACGAUGAGCUACCACCGCAGCAGACGACUAACGGCCAGCAUUCACCGCCACUCAAUCGUGGAUUGUAGCAGC